AUGGGUUGUUGUGGUUCAAAAGAACCAUCGAAGGAGGUGACGAAUUUGAAGGACAUCAAUAGGAAUAAUGGCGAGAACACAGUCCCAUCGCCAUACGAGGAAGGAUUUCCAGACCUACCACCACCACCGCCGCCAGAGCCAGAACCGUCCAGUCCGAAAGAUGUAAAAGUUUAUGUGGCAUUGUACGACUAUGAGGCCCGAACGGACGAAGAUUUAUCCUUUAAGAAAGGAGAUUUCUUGCAUGUUGAAUCUGAGAAUUGUAAUUUUGACUGGUGGAUGGCAACAUCGCGUGCUUCUGGCAAGACCGGCUACAUUCCAAAUAAUUAUGUGGCUGAAGUUAAAACCUUGGAGGCGGAAGAGUAAGUACAUUAUUAUCACGAUUACAGCUUGUAUUCGGUGGUUUAGCUAAAUCAUUGCCCCCUUAAUUCAUUUGUAACGCUUCCUUUCAACAUGAAUUCUUAAAUAUAGCUAUAUGCCUUCCCACAGCUCAAUUCCAUACGGACAUUGAUUAUUCGAACAAUUUAUAAUCAUGGCGCUUAUUUGAAUACCUUAAUUUCUUAUAAUUGUAAGUGUUAUAUUAAAGCGUUCGUUAAAGCAUUAUACAGACCUUGUUAUAAAUUAAAGCAUGGAAUUUUUAGUGAACAUUGAACAAAGUUUAUCCUAAAAGAUAGUUCAUUUAAAUUCAAGCAGCAAUACGAUGUUGAUUUAAAACUUCCGUUAAAAUAUUGUUUUUUCGCUUCUUUGUUUGGCUGCGUCACGCUAUUACUCGGUGCAAUGCCGAAGCCUUUGUUCUAGAUUCUCGCUAGUAGCGUCAAGUCAUAACAUAAAGCUGUACGAUAAGAAAGCUUUCGUUUCUAGUAUAAAAUCAUGUUUGUGCCUUCGCAAUUAUCACAGGACCGUUCCUGAAACAGAUACGAUUCGAUAAAAUUCCACUAUCAUAAUUCGAAUUAUUACAAUAUUUUUGAUAAGCAGGAUUGUGUAUCGGAUUUUGAAAGUAUGGCAGCUUUUGAAGCAGAGCCAGAUGAAUAGCGUGAAUCUAGCCUGUCAGAGGUUCAGGAUAUUCAAGACAGCAUCGAUCACCGCCUAUCUUUUGCCGUAUUGGGAGCUUUAGAAAUCGCGGUAUGAAAACAAUAUAUAGCUUUGUAACUGCGUACAAAGUGUUGUACAAAAUUGCCGGCACUUCUCAGGAACAAUAUUUAAUCAUUUAUAGCGCUUUUACCGCGAUUCCAUGCACUCAAAGUCUCUGCCCAGCCGGAGGAGAUAAACAUGCAUGUAUAAUUUGAAAAGUGAUAUUGGGAGUAUUUUCUUUCAUGACCCCCCUCAAUGGAUUAAAAGUUCACGAACGAAUUCCUUUUCAAAACGAAAGUCGCUUAGUCAGAAGGUCUUUGAAAUAUUAAAAUUGUCAGCGCAUGCGGUUAGAUUUUCGCGCGAAGUUCUGGCUAAAAAAUAUCUCUUGAAGAUGUGCCAUAAUUUCCGCAUGUCAGGGACUGGAAGUCUAUAAACGCUAAUUUCUAUGACGCGCUGUCGCCAUGGGCACAAUCUAUGGAAUGGCCAAAAUGUUCUACGAAAGUUUCGGUUUCAUAAGCCUGGUUUCCAUAUGGUCGUAACGGUCGUAAAGAUUGAGUCACGAUCUUUCUCGUCAGCCGAAAUGCAACAUUUUGGAACUGAAAAUACGCGGAGUGAUUAUAACUAGAGAACAUAACACUUUUUGUUUGUGGAAACACCACGUAAAUUUAUUACUGCAAAGCUUUCGAUCCGUAAGCCCGAAUCUUCAUCAGUGCUAAUAAUAUCUUCAUCAGUUUCCACAAACAAAAAGUAUUAUCCAUGAAAUAUUGUUUCCUAGCCAUGUUUCUUGAAGGUGGCCAAACCAGGAAACAUUGUUUCCUGGCAUGUUUCCUGAAGGUGAACAAACCAGGAAACAUUGUUUCCUAGCCAUGUUUCCUGAAGGUGAACAAACCAUGAAACAUUGUUUCCUAGCCAUUUUUCCUGAAGGUGGCCAAACCAAGAAAUAUUGUUUCCUAGCCAUUUUUCCUGAAGGUGGACAAACCAGGCAACAUUGUUUCCUAGCCAUGUUUCCUGAAGGUGGACAAACUAGGAAACAUUGUUUCCUAGCCAUUUUUCAUGAAGGUGGACAAACCAGGCAACAUUGUUUCCUAGCCAUGUUUCCCAAAGGUGGACAAACCAUGAAACAUUAUUUCCUUGCCAUUUUUCCUGAAGGUGGACAAACCAGGAAACAUUGUUUCCUAGCCAUGUUUCCUGAAGGUGGGCAAACCAUAAAACAUUGUUUCCUAGCCAUGCUUCCCAAAGGUGGAAAAACCAUGAAACAUUGUUUCCUUGCCAUUUUUCCUGGAGGUGGACAAACCAGGAAACAUUGUUUCCUAGCCAUGUUUCCUGAAGGUGGACAAACCAGGCAACAUUGUUUCCUAGCCAUGUUUCCUGAAGGUGGACAAACUAGGAAACAUUGUUUCCUAGCCAUGUUUCCCAAAGGUGGACAAACCAUGAAACAUUAUUUCCUUGCCAUUUUUCCUGAAGGUGGACAAACCAGGAAACAUUGUUUCCUAGCCAUGUUUCCUGAAGGUGGGCAAACCAUAAAACAUUGUUUCCUAGCCAUGCUUCCCAAAGGUGGAAAAACCAUGAAACAUUGUUUCCUUGCCAUUUUUCCUGGAGGUGGACAAACCAGGAAACAUUGUUUCCUAGCCAUGUUUCCUGAAGGUGGACAAACCAGGGAACAUUGUUUCCUAGCCAUGUUUCCUGAAGGUGAACAAACCAGGGAACAUUGUUUCCUAGCCAUGUUUCCUGAAGGUGAACAAACCAGGGAACAUUGUUUCCUAGCCAUGUUUCCUGAAGGUGGACAAACCAGGAAACAUUGUUUCCUAGCCAUGUUUCCUGAAGGUGAACAAACCAGGGAACAUUGUUUCCUAGCCAUGUUUCCUGAAGGUGGACAAACCAGGAAACAUUGUUUCCUAGCCAUGUUUCUUGAAGGUGGACAACCCAGGAAACAUUGUUUCCAGCAAACAAACAUUGUUUCCAGCAAGGUGAACAAACCAGCAAAUAUCACACCAGUAGGAAAAAAAUUUGUUUCAUCCUACCACUGGGAAGCAAAUUUAGUUUUGACAACAAUGUACCCAAAAGGAGAAACAUUCGAGGAAAAAUUGGAAUUUUUAACGUUUCUCAACAAUGUUUAUCAUUUCCAGAAAACCGAAGAUCGAGCUAUGAUGACAGUGACAUAGAUGGACGAAGGUCUCCACUUUUCGUCACCGAGUUCCAAGAACGGACCCAAUUUCCAAGACGUAGCCCUAUAUUAGACCGUCGUUCCAAGAUUUUGUACGAUGAAACAACGAAAGUGACUGGAAAACCUCCCCUGAGUCCAAAAACAGUCAAAUCUCUGCCCUCAACUCCGUAUAGACAGCCCCAACAACAUUUUAAUUUUAAUACAAGACGAAACUCUGCCGCAAUGGUGCUGGAGCAAUCUCAACAAACAGUCAUUGGCCGCACUGGCACAUCCAGUGUUAAUGGCAGUAUAGAAAAUCUAGCUAUGGAGCUGGGGGAUUUAGAAAUCAGUUUGUACUACAGCUCUGAAGAACGCCUUCUGAAAGUGUGUGUCGUGAAUAUUCAUAGCCCAGAAGAACGGAGUCUGGUCGACACCUUUAUCAAAGUGGCGUUCUAUCUCUUUGAAAAACCUUACAAGAACGAAAUGCAGUUAUGGUCCGACUCCACAAAAUCGUUAGUGAAGCGUACAUUUUCGUACCUCGUGAAAAACAUUUCAGACUUACAGCGAGCGGUGUUGAAGUUUACGUUGAAACGUAAGAAUGGUCUAGUUCGAAAUAAAGUGUUGGGGAAAAGUAUUUUGAGAUUGUGCAAUGUGAAUUUGAUCGAAGCUCAGGCAUACACAUUGAAGUUACAUCGCUCCAUUACCGAGGUAAGUUUUACUCUACAUAAUAAUUAUUAUUGAAAAGUUUAAAUCAGUAAGUAUCUCAUAAAUUGUUUCUCGGGGUCUGGUGCUUCCAGUUUUUCUAAACACCGUCGAUUCUCCCCAGGUACUUUGGUUUCCUCCUGUAGUAACACUGGAUGAAUAAGAGAUGAUCCUUACUGAACCUCUAGGAAGAACAGUUUAGAACUGAUAGAGCUAUCAAGUAUAAAUAAAGUUAGUUUAGUUUAGGUUUCCUUCUGUAGUAACACUGAAUCAAUAAGAGAUGAUCCUUACUGGACCUCUAGGAAGAACAGUUUAGAACUGAUAGAGCUAUCCAGUAUAAAUAAAGUUAGUUUAGUUUAGGUUUCCUCCUGUAGUAACACUGGAACAAUAAGAGAUGGUCCUUACUGGACCUCUAGGAAGAACAGUUUAGAACUGAUAGAGCUAUCCAGUAUAAAUAAAGUUAGUUUAGUUUAGGUUUCCUCCUGUAGUAACACUGGAUCAAUAAGAGAUGACCCUUACUGGACCUCUAGGGAGAACAGUUUAGAACUGAUAGAGCUAUCCAGUAUAAAUAAAGUUAGUUUAGUUUAGGUUUCCUCGUGUAGUAACACUGGAUCAAUAAGACAUGAUCCUUACUAGACCUCUAGGGAGAACAGUUUAGAACUGAUAGAGCUAUCCAGUAUAAAUAAAGUUAGUUUAGUUUAGGUUUCCUCCUGUAGUAACACUGGAUCAAUAAGACAUGAUCCUUACUGGACCUCUAGGGAGAACAGUUUAGAACCGAUAGAGCUAUCCAGUAUAAAUAAAGUUAGUUUAGUUUAGGUUUCCUCCUGUAGUAACACUGGAUCAAUAAGAUACGAUCUUUACUGGACCUCUAGGAAGAACAGUUUAGAACUGAUAGAGCUAUCCAGUAUAAAUAAAGUUAGUUUAGUUUAGGUUUCCUCCUGUAGUAACACUGGAUCAAUAAGAGAUGAUCCUUACUGGACCUCUAGGAAGAACAGUUUAGAAGUGAUAGAGCUAUCCAGUAUAAAUAAAGUUAGUUUAUUUAGGUUUCCUCCUGUAGUAACACUGGAUCAAUAAGAGAUGAUCCUUACUGGACCUCUAGGAAGAACAGUUUAGAACUGAUAGAGCUAUCCAGCAUAAAUAAAUUUAGUUUAGGUUUCCUCCUGUAGUAACACUGGAUCAAUAAGAGAUGAUCUUUACUAGACGUCUAGGGAGAACAGUUUAGAACUGAUAGAUCUAUCCAGUAUGAAUAAAGUUAGUUUAGCUUAGUGAAGUAACACGUUUAAGAUUUCUUUCUUUAUUUUUUUCAGCUUCUGAGAGAAAUCUUAGUAUCAGUAUGUCAUCAGGCAACUACUGGCAUCCUACGUGUUGGUGUUAUACGAGCCAUGGGUCUGGCCAGAACAAUGAGGAAAACUAUGGGAGGUGGGUUGAAUUAAAAUAUAAACCAAAUCAUUGACAAGGUGGGCAACCCCCACAAAAUAUAUUUUGCACCCCCUCAGAAAGUUUUCCCGCCCACCUAGAGAAAUUUGCAUACCCCCCCUGAAAUUGGAUUACACCACAAAUCUUACAAUUUUUCUUUGGAGAUUUGUUCCCCGAGCCAUUGUCAGUAAAGAUAUUGUGCUGUUCUAGCAGUUCUAUAUGAAAUAAAGGGUCUCCAAUCCAUCACUAAACAUUCCAUUUUUUCCAGCACCAUUUCUAAUAAUUGAACUAAGAAAUCAAGAUGAAAUUGUGUUUGUAAAAAACACCAAACAGAAGAGCAACAAGAUAAAUCCGUUAUUCGAAGAGACUUUCGACAUCCCAGUUUCAACAGAUUCAAGAAUUCCAUUGGAUGAAUUUCAUCUUCAAAUCACGGUGUUUCGUUACACCUUCUCAGGCAGCAAUGAUGUGGUCGGCUUGAUUUGUCUGGAGACUGGAUCUAGCUACCAAAACGAGGCUGAUCACUGGAAAGAGGUCACACUCAACCCUCACACAACUGUGAUGAAAUGGCACAAACUCAGAAUCGCAUGAACCGAUGAACGACGACAAUUGGCCUUUCUCACGGUCGAUUUUUCCGCCAUAUUUGGGGUACUGCCUAUCCCACAUUUGAGAGUCUCUGCACCACGAAAUACAACUUUUUAGUAUUGUAGUUGUUUGUAUAAUGGUAAAUUUACAGUUACACAUUUUGAAAGUCGCUUUUCAUGGUGUUUGAAUUGUCUAGAAUCUUUCACGAGGGCAGACGACCAGUACCCGAAAAAUGGCGGAUUUUGGCCUUCGUGAAAAAGGCUAAUUGUUGACGAUAACAUACUCGUAGUUUUUCAGCAAACAUCACUUUGAAAUGUGAAUGAGGCAGCAAAAAUAAUAGCAUGGCAUGCAAUGGCUGCCAAAUGAUGAAAGAAUUUCAGAUAUAUAUACUUGAUGAAACACCACAUAAUAGUAAACAAUCAAAUGCAUUUGAAAUAAAUAAUUUAAAUAGCAAAUUUCAAUAUAUUAUAUAUGGACUAUAUACUCAUGGGAACCCAAAUAAGAUGGGCCACACUAUAAUUACACUCCUUGAGUUGCAUGUGUUUAAUUUAUUGUGUGGAUUUUUAUAUAGUCAAUAGGAGUUUACUUUUCUGGAGUUUUGUAAUAAACGUGCAAAGAUAUACAAACUAAUUAAUGCUAUUCUCACCCAGCUUUGAACAACCUGCUGCUGAGUAUAUGCUGAGCUAUGCUUAAACCUAGGAAGCACAUGCACAGGUUUUCUCGGAGCAUUUCAUUUCCACAUUGUACUAAUAAUAUAUACCUGGCAAAUAAACACGACCCUUGCUGUUCCUCUAGGGAAAACGUUUACAACAGAUAGAGCUAGCCAGCAUAAUAAAGUUAGUCUAGUUUUUAAUGAAUAUAGUACAAAGGUAUGUUUAUAUAGGGCAUGCGUUCUCUCACAUACAAAACACAACCUUAUACAUAAAUAUGGCGCCGAGAAAUUUGUCUGCCUUUCAAGUUCGCCAGACAAAUUAAUUUAACUACAUGUGAACCCAAUAUCGCAUAAUUUUGAUGCCUAUAUUGUAUUAACACAGUCAGAUUGAACACUUAUAAACAAACUUUAGUGCAAUUUGUUUAAAGUACAAGGGAUUUAAAUCGGUGAUUUAAAUUCCACGAGGCAGUUGUCAAAUAUUAAAUUCCACGAGGCAGUUGUCAAAUAUAAUUUUGUACUUUUAACUACAUUACUUACCAAAAUAUGAACAUUUUUCG